AUGACGAAGCUCAUCACUGUCUUUGGCUCUACUGGCAACCAGGGUGGUUCUGUUGUACGAGCUAUCCUGAAUCACCCGAGUCUUAGCAAGGAAUGGAAGGUGCGCGGCGUUACGAGGAACCCGAAUAAACCUGAUGCGCAAGCCAUGGUAGCAAAAGGUGUUGAGAUGGUCGCUGCGGACCUGAACAGCAAAGACUCAAUCCUGAUCGCCAUCACCGGAUCUGAUGCCGUGUUUGGCGUGACAAACUACUGGGAAAAGGCCUCGCUCACCCACGAAGUCCAACAAGGCCGCAAUCUAACCGACGCCUGCCUCGAAGCCAAAGUAUCGCACUUGAUAUGGUCCUCCUUACCCCACGUCUCCAAGAUCACCAACGGGAAACUGCCGAAUCUGCAUCACUUCGACAGCAAAGCCAUGGUUGAGGAAUACAUCAAAGAAGCCGGCCAAUCUGCCUCUUUCGUACUACCAGGAUAUUUCAUGACCAACGUCCCUGGAUCUAUAAAACCCACCCCGAAUGGCGAUGGGUACACGUUAUCUCAACUUUUCCAUCCUGACACUCAAAUCCCUAUGCUAGACGUUCCCACCGAUUUCGGUAAGUUCGUGGCAUCAUGCCUCGCUAAGCCGGAAGCUACUAUCGGAAAGCACGUGCUUGCUGCGAGCGCGUGGGUCACGCCGCUUGAUGUUUGCGCAGCUGUAGAGAAGGUUACAGGAAAGAAGUGCGACUUCAAAGAGAUGAGGGACGAGGACUGGAAGGCUGGGCAGGAGUUGUUGGAGAAUAUGGUUAUGAUCAAAAAGUGGGCGUACUAUGGGCCUGGAGCAAAGGAGGGGGUGAAGUGGAGCCAGGAGGUUGUUGAUAGUGCAGGCGGGUGGGAAGAAUUUGGUAGCUUUGAGGCCUUUCUUGCAAGAACGGGGUUUCAGUGA